GCUUGUAUAAAGGCAGCUUCUAGUUACCCUUCAGGAAGACAAAUGAAACUUCUGAGAAGCCUUAUUAUCUAUUGAGGCAUAUUCUGCAACUCUGGACAUUCAGAAGCAAAUGAGACAGCGCGGAUACCGUCAUUGGCCUCAUUAUUAAUACUGUUACUGCUAUUAAUAUUGUUAUGGAGUUUCUUGGUGAGAAGUUCACAUUGAAAAGCCAACAGUCGUGCAAUAAAAGCGGUGAUUUCUACAUGGGGCCGGCAACAAGCGCACUGGAACACGUUAUGGAAAGUUUAGACGAUUCCUUUUACAGCAAGAACCCCCCCAAGUGUGUGCAGCAAUCAUUCAGCACUAUCCAGAGAGCUGAGCUCCAUGGCAGGCUAGACAGGACGCCUCCUUGCGAAGAUAAUCGUGUGAACUAUGGGAUAACUAAAAUCGAGGGUCAGCCCCUGCACACAGAGCUAAGUAGGCCAACGAUGGAUAACUGCUGCAGUUUGCGAGUGUCUCCAGCAAAAGGAGUUCAAGACAAAGGAGAAAUUGAGGAGUUGGGAGAUAAAUGUGACAGCAAUGUUUCCAGCAGCAAGAAGAGGCGGCACAGAACCACGUUCACCAGCUUACAGUUGGAGGAACUGGAGAAGGUGUUUCAGAAAACCCAUUAUCCAGAUGUUUAUGUCAGAGAACAGCUUGCUCUGAGGACAGAGCUCACAGAAGCUAGAGUCCAGGUCUGGUUCCAAAACAGAAGAGCAAAGUGGAGAAAGAGAGAACGCUAUGGACAAAUACAACAAGCCAAGAACCACUUUGCUGCCACUUAUGAUAUAUCAGUUUUACCAAGAACUGAUAAUUAUCCACAGAUUCAGAACAACAUGUGGACAGGAAAUGCUCCCAGCGGCUCUGUAGUUACGUCUUGUAUGUUACCACGGGAUACAGCCUCCUGUAUGCCGCAAUAUUCUCACUCUUCCAGGACUGACUCUGGUUACACUGGGUUUGCUAGUCAUCAAAACCAGUUUAGCCACAUGUCGCUCAACAACUUUUUCACUGACUCCAUACUUUCUGGGGCUUCCAAUGGCCAUGCUUUUGAAGUAAAGCCUGAGUUUGAGAGAAGGUCAUCAAGCAUUGCAGUCUUGCGAAUGAAAGCCAAGGAACACACUGCCAAUAUUUCAUGGGCUAUGUAAAUCAAAUACUGCUGCAUAUGACAAACUGGAAACAACAAAAAAAAAACAUUUCUGUUCAGAGUAUUUAAAUAAAAAUCAACAUGCUGCUCUACUUUAGAAUGGCUAGGAGCAGUAGUCUGUGGACUAAAAAUGCACUAAUUUAACAGAUAUUUUGUUGGGGUGCACAUUUGUCUGUAAAUAGGCUGGCCUUUGUUUCUUGUCUAUUGAAUCUUGUUGGCAAACCUUGGUCUGUGACAUGAUAUGAUUUUUACAGGAAGUUCUGCUUUGCAGCCUAGUUCUGCCUUACAUU